UGCGAAAGUGCAGACUCUUGUCUAAACGUGCCAAAGCCUUUGGUAUGGUAGAGAAGAUGGCUCAAACCUCACAAUGCAAGAUUCACCGUGGUGAAGGACAAAGGCGCACAUAAGCUAUUGCUUUGAGUCUCUUCGAGACGGGCGCUAGCCGAUGGAUCGUGUCCGCUGUGACAUCCGACUGGCUGAAGGCGGCAUCGUGUCUCAUCUCGCUGCCUCUCUUAGUGCCAAAAGCUCGUUUGUCAAUGGCCCCGUCAUCGCUGUAGGUGCUCACGGUGAAGACAGCAAUUCUUCCGGACGUGAGCCUGCCUGUUUGAAUGCUCAGCUCAUUAGUAUUGAAAGGGCUUUUGCAAUGAUGGUGCCAAUGAGGGCUUUCCUGAGAGCUCAAAGGCGCUUCGAUGUCUUCCGCGGUGAUGCCCACCGACUAAUGCGGCAAAAGGAGAAGCAAGCGGGCAAGGCCUGUGCACGACUGGACAAGGGCGUGAAUGGUACCGCUAACUUGACGACCGGCCAACUAUACGAGAGUAGCCAGCCGAGCAGAAUGUCGAAAGCCACAAGUUUGGUCGAUGCGAACUAUCCACAGUUGAGAUGCAUAAUGGGCUUGCACGGCGAACCAUCCCGUGUCGAGCUCAAGAGAUGGUCGUCCGCUGUUGUCGGAGGAUGUUUGAAGCGCAACCAACGAUACGCGUCAAACCACAAGUAUGGCAGGGAAGAGUCACAGCUGUCUGAGAUGGGAUACAAGUGGAUAUCUGCAUAUAUAGAAAGGCGAAUCGACAAUUAGGAGCGUGAAAGGCGGGCAGGUCAGGCUCAGCACGACGCAUGGCCUGCUCUAUCACGGUCCAUGCUGGUCUCAGCAUUGGACAGCGAGUCCACCGUGACCGACAGCUCAACAAGUACUGGAAUAGCACAAUCAUCGACACCUAUCCAGACUGCGUCAGGCCCACUUCUGAAUUACAACAGCAUUCAGAAGACCCGCGUCCUUGAGCGUGGCAGACUCGUCUUCGAUCGGCUUGGGUGGGAAGCUCGUCUGAAGAACGUAAGGGCGGGUCUCCAUACCGGCGUUGGCACU